AUGUCCGAUUUCCGAGGAUCUGGUACAUCCAUAGACUGCGGUUGCACGGAGGACAGCCGUUCGACAGAAUCACCGCUGCCACUCACCUGUGAUUGUCCAAGAGACGAACAUGAUCUUGUGGUCCACGAGGAGAAUUGCCUGUUCCAUAGGAACGAGAGAAUUAUAUUUCCGCACGUAAGAUUUGAUUAUGUUAAGUAUUACAUACAUGGCAUGCUGAAAUCCAUGGGCAACGGUGACGAUCAGGAAGUCGAAGAGUGCGAGUGCGUGACUCCUCCGUUCGAAGAUGGGAUCUGCAAGUGCUGCCGGUGCCCGGUCGACCAGUGCCACUGCAACAAGGCCGGCAGAGAGGCCUUCGACCAUUGGCGCAGCAAAAGAGAAUUAGGUGCGAUGCCAGCAGUGUUGGAAUCAACUCAUCCGCUGAUGCAGCGCUUCCAGGAUACGCUCAAGCAGUUUCUCGAGAAGGAGAACGCUCUUGCUGAAGAGGAGAUUCUGAAUUUGCGUGAAGAGCUUCGCCUGAGCAAGCUAGCCUACGAUAAGGACUUGGAAGUGAUCUAUCGAAGCGAUCACGAUACAAAUGCGCAAAGAGCUUUGAUUGAGGAGUAUGAGAGUAGCUUAUCUGAGAGGACAGCGGAACGCGAGGCAGCGGAACAAAGGGCUCGAGAAUCGAACGAGAAAUACAAAAGAGCCAAGGAGAAGCUUGAACAAGAUCUUAUCACUGAACGUGAAGCAACUGAGGAGUUAGAAGCUCUGACAUCUUUAUGCCGACAACUGGAAGAGUGGCGUGAUGAGACAGAGUCAGAUCUGACUGUCAGUCAACGGAUGUCAGACAAGAUGAAGGCGGAGAAACGACAGCUCGCACAGGAAAAACGAGAGCUGGAUAUGUUCAUAUUCGGCCUGAGUAAUGAAGUCUGGAAGCUCGAGUCGAAACUAGAAAUGUUCCAGAAACAACUCGAGAUCAAGAAUUCCGAAAUGGAGAAAGUCAACGACAAGGUGACAGCGUAUGCUACAGAACUGGAAGACUUGGAGCUAGACAAACGGCGUCUAGUCAGUCUCUGGAACUCUGUUCUUGUUAACAUCCAACAGCGAGAUCGUGUCUACGAUGCUGUCAGAGACGACUACCGAACACUUCAAGAAAACUAUCGCACGCUACUGAACAAUUUGGAGAUUACAAAGAAACUUGCAAUGGAGGAGAUGAACAAAGGAAAAGAAAUCGCCAUGAACAAGGACAAGCUGCAGUAUGAUUUGGAUCGGGCUGUUAAAUUAUUUGACACUGAAGACAUGAAACGGGUUAAUUUGGAAACUCAAAUCGCAGAACUAACUGAAGCUAUAGAGAUGACAGAGAGAGAUCAGGAAAUGAUUAAGUCUGAAAAUCAAACGAUGCGAAACAUUUUGAAGAGUUCAGAGAAAGAUUACGAUCGUAAAAACGAGCUCAAACUCAAACUGGAAAAUGAUAUAUUAGCGAAUCUACAAGAGUGUUUAUUGAAUGAUAAAGCAGUUGAAUCAAUGGCGAACGGUAUCAAGAAGAUGAGGGAGCUAUCCAGAAAACAGGAAAUAUCUCUAACCACAAUGGAGAACCAACACGCGAAGAUGAUGAUGGACCUCGAAAUCUAUCGCAACAGGCAAGCAAAGAACCAGCAGGUAAUGGACGAAACUCUCGCUCAAGUGAAGGCGAAAGAGAAGGAGCUGGAAGAGCUUCAAGAGAAGUACGAUCAGAAGGCGAUGGUCAUCGUCAGGAAGCAAAGGGAACUGGAUAUCGUGAUGAAGAAGUACACGGCUUUGAAGGAAAUUUUUGAUUUAAAGUCGCCGCAAGAGCGUCGCAUCGAAGAGUUGGAGCUGCAGAUCAAGGAGUUGCGCGAACGAACCGAGGGGAUGCAGCACGAGUGGCUUCGUCUGCAAGGGCACGUCGUCAAAUUGACCGAGCAACACCACAAGAUGGCCACUGACAUCAACUUGAUUAACAAACAGAUUCAAAUAUGUGAGCAGAAGAUUAUGCGGAUACAGGCGGAGCGCGACACUGUUCAACAAGAGCGCGGUAAAGUCGAGAGAUCGCUGCGAGAGUUGCGAGGGAGGCUCGAAGUGCUGGAGAGGACGAGGAAGGAGGCGAACGAACGGAACGAUACGGCGCAGAAGAGUAACCUCUCUGUUACACACGAGUAUUCUGCUAAUUUGAAGGACGCGGAGGCAGAAAUAAUUCAACUGGAAGAAGAUAUUGAUGCGAUGGACAAGGAGAAGAUGAACUUGACUCAAGAGCUCGAUCGCGUACAGAGGGAGGCUUUGGUCUGGCAGAGGAAAGGCAUUUUAGCCGUCGAACUGAAGAAGAACAUGCAAGCCGCCAAAUCAGCCGCCGGCGAGAUAGGACAAAUGAAAAACGAAAUACACCGAAUGGAGGUUCGUCGAGAGCACCUUCGUCGGACCAGCGAGAAGUUGGCGGAUGAUCUAGCGCUGUACGUGACGCGACGCGACACCGCCAUGGAGAAGUGUCGAGCCGCCGCUGCCGUCGAGAAGGCGCACGGACACUCCGGACACACCUCGCAGUCUGUCUACCGACACAAGUUGAGACUGGCUAGAGCCGAUGUCGCUAGAGUUACGAAGGAUUUAGCUGAUGCGAAAAGUCAUUUAGAAAAUCUCGAAAAGGAACAAGAGCGCUUAGAUCGGGAAGUGUUUGAAACGGGUGCAAUGAACUCGCAGCUGGAGGAGCAAGUCGCUUCACUCAUCCAGGAGUGUCAGGACACUGAGCGACAGAAGUCAUGGCUGCUAGAACGUGUUAUUAGGAGCCAGCGUCUCGGCAACGAAUUAGCGACGGCCGUGAAACGUCAAUCGUUUCGCGUCAAAAAAUCGAAAUCGACAGUCACAGCGGAAUACACGCAAGCCAGGGCGGUAAAUGAACAACUAAAACAAGUCAUGGAAACUAUGAACACGGAAUUCCCACAAUUGAACGACACGUUCGAAGGAAUUUUAAAUAUGUUGAAUAUUAACGCGCCUGAAAAUUCAGCGGGCCUACCCGAGGACGGAGCUUGUCUAUGUAUCGACGAGGAGAAUGCUGACAACGUCGCGGAAAAACCGUUGUGUCCAUAAUAUUUAGAAUAAAAAAAUAUUUUUAUGCAUAUUUAUA